UAUAUUUCUUUUUUUUUUUUUUUUUUUUUUUUUUUUCUUUUUUUACAUGUGAUAUAAUUUCUACUUCAAUUUUAUAAGAAAACCAAAGUCUUCCUCUCUUUUUCUCUCUCUCAGUCAUUACAAAAAGUUUUGAUUUUUCCGUUUCAUAUUGAUGAACCAGAAGCAAUUGUUUGUUUUAUGGGUAUCUAAUACUUGUAUUACUUGUUGAAAUCCACAUAUUUAAUCAGAUAUUUUCAUUUCCACUAAUCAUGGGUCCAUAUUUUUCACUUUAAACUUCACACCAUAAACAAACAUAAUCCUUGCAUAGGGAGUUUAAUAAAAAAAGAAUUAGGUGGUAAGAUAUUGCUUGGUUAAGUUGCCUGAUGGGAUUGGAUUGUUGCUUCAUUGUAAGAAAAGAAGGGAUAGGAUUAUGGAAUCACAAUUGGAACUAGCAAUUAAUCAAUCUGUUGAUGCCCAUUACUCAAAUUGGGUUUAUGAAGCUUUAGAUGAAUUGCCCUGUAAUUUUACUAUAACUGAUCCUUGUAUAUCUGGUAACCCUAUUGUGUUUGCAAGCCGGGGUUUUUUAGAGAUGUUUGGAUAUUCUAGAGAUGAGGUGGUUGGGAGAAAUGGGAGGAUGUUUCAGGGGGAAGGGACUAGUAGGAUGACAGUGAUGGAAAUUCGAGAGGCGAUUCGUGAAGAACGAGCAAUUCAAGUUAGUUUGUUGAAUUAUCAUAAAAAUGGGACACCCUUUUGGAUUUUGUUUUGUAUGAGUCCGGUUAUUAGUGGGGAGGAUGGAAGGGUAAUCCAUUUUGUUGCUGUUCAACUCCCAAUUUCAAGGAAGCCAUUGCGUUCUAGUAGACAUGGUAAGAGUGAUUUUUGCUUAUGUGAAGAUGGGGUUAAGUCGCGUGAAUUUUUGCUUGGGUCUUGUAGGAGAGAGGUGUGCUCGGAUUCUGUGUCUGAAUUGAGUCAUAGCACAGCAUUUGAUUCAUUUUUUGACUCGGAUAUAGGAGUAGAGGUUGAGGAAUUUUGUGAAGCAAGUGAGUUUGAUAAGCAAAAAGCUACUACGUCUAUUAGCAAUAUUUUGUCUGUGCUAACUCAGUACAGUGCAUUACGGGGCAAACCCAUUUCUGAGAGGAGUUGCUGUGUGGAGGGGCAGAGCAUUCCAAAUUCUGCCUUACUAACAUCUCUCGGUAGAAUCAAACAAAGCUUUGUAUUAAUUGAUCCACUUUUACCGAGCAUGCCCAUUAUUUAUGCAAGUGAAGCAUUCUUGAAACUAACUGGCUAUGAUAGACAUGAAGUGUUGGGCCGCAAGCAUAGAUUUAUAAGUGGCUCUGAUACGGAUCCAUCCACCUUGUUGCAGAUAUAUGAGUGCAUUCAGAAUAGCAAGCCAUGCACAACGCGAAUCCUAGAUUAUAGAAAAGACAUGACUUCAUUCUGGAAUCUACUUCAUUUAUCACCUGUGCGAAAUGCUUCUGGAAAGGUAGCAUACUUUGUCGAGGUUCAUAUGGAAGAUUGUAUAAAUCAAGAUGGACAAGCAUUGAACGCAGAAUUGAGGCAGCUUGGUGCUAUAGCUGCAGUUAAAGUUGCUGUAAGGAGUGCAACUAUGGGUCUUGGUUCUUCUAGAUGAUAGGAGCGAUCAUCCUGCAUUUUGGCACAGGGCUUUGUGCUCAAAUUUUGCCUCUGCAAUAUUGUAAUAUAUCUUAGUUGAGUUCUCUGUAAUCUCCAUCGACAUCACGUUGCAGGACUGCAGCUUAAAAGACACUACCAUAUUUCUGAUUUAUCCAGAUGAAUUGUACAAAUCGAGAUUACAGAAUGCAUACCACAUAUAUAAUUUGCCUCUUAUUAUCGA